AUGCCUUCUUACCACUCCAAAUUGACAUCAGACAAGUCAAUAGGCAAUGUGGCUCUGUUGCCUUUUCGCACAAAGUUCCGCGGGCCAAUUCAAAAUUAUAGCGUAGCGAAUGGCAAUGAAGGCUCGGAAGCUGCUCAGGAUAUCAUCGAUGAAGCACUGUUUUACUUCAAGCCGAAUGUAUUUUUCAAAACCUACGAAAUUCAAUCAAACGCUGACCGCGUUCUCAUAUAUUUGACGUUGUACAUUAUUGAGUGUCUCAAAAGAUUGCAGCGAUUAAACUCUAAGGAAGGUGCCUUCCAAGAGAUGCAUGCACUAGCUAUUUCUCGUUUUGAUAUUCCAGGCGACCCAGGCUUUCCUCUGAAUGCAGUCUACGCAAAGCCAAACAAUGCCGAAGAGCAGGACUUACUCAGGCAGUACUUGCUUCAGAUUCGCCAAGAGUGUGGAAUACGGUUAGUGGAGCGCGUCUUUGAUACGGAAAACCAAAAGCCCUCCAAGUGGUGGCUGUGCUUUGCCAAACGAAAGUUCAUGGACAUCUCACUCUCAGGGGCAGGAAAGUAG